GAAGAAUCCCCAAUCCAAAACCAAAAAAUACCGGCUGAAAUGCCUCCGACGGCAGGCGAAACCCCAGCGGAAGAUGGCGGGUCUGCGUCAGUAUCGCAGCGCAUCAUCAAAAUUGGUAAAACUUCCGAUUAUAGUGACAAAAAGGUAUCGCCUUCAACCCUCUGUUUCCUUCCGCUCUUGCUUUUGGGGUCUGUGCAGUCACUUGAUGCUUUUGGGGAUUGUUAUAUUCAUGGGCUUCAGCCUUCAGGCACACUUAAGCAGAAAACGAGUAGCAUCUGUGGAAUUUUGACAGGAGAUGAAAAAGCUCCAAACAAUAGACUUAAGGAUGUAGAAAUUUGUGUUCCAAUAGUUUGUGGAACAAUUACUUUCUAUCUUGGUCGAAAAGCUAGCGAGGGUAGGUAUUGUGGACAAAAAUGGCACACUAUUGUCUGGCUGGUCCAGGAGUGUUGAUCUCUCUUCAUUUGACAGUCGAGAUGAAGAAACAUGAAUGGAAAUUAGUAGAGAUCAGGGUUCUUUAUAUGAGCAAGAUGGAUGUUAUAUUGAUGAGCUGCUCAAGUCUGUGCAGAUUGUCACGGUGUAAUGGAAGUUCUUGUCAAGAGGGUCAUCAUGGCUGAAUCAGAAACUGCUACUGAGAAAGAGAAAGUAACUUCAGGUCAUGAGCUUGUUCGCAUCCAGUGGGAUUUUGAGUCUCUGAAAUCUUAGCAGUCUCGUUAGUGUCAGAAACUCUUCUUUCAUCUGAGAAGCAAUUUCAAACUAUUGAGAGCCUUUUUGAACAGUUAGUAUGUUUUGAUAUAUGCUUUGAAUGUGGGUUUUUUUUCCCUUGACUGUACUUCCCUG